AUGCCUACAGUGCCAAGCCCCAAUUUAGCUGCUGACCAUUCACAGUGUGAUCGAUGCCGCAAACGAAAGAUUCGCUGCGACAGAAAAUCUCCGUGCUCAAAUUGCCGAUCUACAGGGUCCGACUGUAGGGCAUCCACUCGUCCUAGACAGAAGCGAGCUCGGGUUCUACUAUCCUCCCAAUUCGAAGAGAAGAUUAAUCAAAUCGACGCACGGCUAAACUAUCUUGUCGAGUCACUUACGGCAAACGAUACGUCAUCCGCUCAUGCAAAAUCAUGUGUCAUUCCUCAGCCCAAGUCCUCGUUGCGUGCAUCCGUAAGAGCAUUCAAUGGGGAGGGGCCCGACCAGAAGUUACCCUCGAACAAUACGAACGAUGCCACGCUAGGCCAGUCUUCUUUCACCGCGCAAUCUACUUUUGCUAUCGAGCUUGCACGUACGGUCGUAAGCUCUAGUCAAUUGACGGGAAGUAGGGAGGAAGUUGAAACCUUACUGGGCAUGCUGAGCCAUAUUCGAACUGCAUUCAACGAGCGCCAUGAUUCGUCCAGCCGUUUGUUCCCUUUAAUACCAGGAUCGACACCUUUAGGAGAAUACCAAAUGCCCCCACUGGAGACUGUUGUGCAGCUUUUACAAAAGUCGCAUGGUGGGUUUUUUCCGACAUACUUAUCUGCAUGUACUAAUGAAUUACUCGCAGACGAAAGAUGUUUCGUGUUCCUUGGGCUAUCCUUCUUACUUCAACCGCGAAGCCUGUCCGAUAUUUGUUUAAAGGUUUAUUUUACUUCAGACUACUCAGAUGCAGAUUUUAUCAUUGUCAAUGCUGCUCUACAUUUUUUGGCCUCCGAGACGGAUGUCCGCAGGACUGACUUUGAGGAAAUGACCGAGCCGGACACUCUGAGUUCAAUUUGUCAAAGGAACCUUGAGAUCGCACUAUCAAAGCUGACGCUUUAUAUUCAACCUAGCUACGAAAUGACGUUGGCUCUCACUCUAGGGGUGACUUACGCGAUACACGUCUCCAAUGCGUCUUUGGCAGGGGUAUUGGCGAAUUCGGCCUAUCAAUGUUCAUAUUCGCUUGGGCUGCACAAGCAUUCGAAUACCUCAGGUGAAAUGAAGCAGGGGCAAUUCCUUUUCUGGGUAAUUUACUUUCUGGAGAAGACAUUAUCCGUCAGGCUUGGUCGCUCCUCUAUCAUUCAGGACCAAGAUAUCGAGCAACCUUCGGCGGAGCGAUUCCUGACAGACGGCUCUCAUUUCUCCGUUUACGCGUAUCAAACGGUGCAACUGGCAGGUUUGGCUGGCAGAAUUUAUGAACAGCUCUAUUCGCCAAAAGCACUCAGCACAUCAGCUGAUACGCGAACGCAUCGAGCACUCGAACUCUCACAGGAACUACACACAUAUCAUGCAGAGGCGCGCAAUGCAAAUCAACUUUGGGCUCAAUCGACCAGCAAUGCUCACGAGAAAGCCCAAAUCGAGUUCGCCUCGGCUUCUGAUGACGUCAUGCGGCUCUCGAUUUUAACGCUCAUCUAUCGAGCCAUGCCACAGGGUCCAACUUCUCGAACGACAUUCGGCCUAGAGUGUAUCACAUCUGCAAGAUGUGCUCUGGAGUCUCACCAGGCAGUUGUCCGAGCCUUUAGGAUGCAAGAAUCGCCGUUGCUCUUAUCGUCAUAUGUCAAUUGGACAAUCCUUUUCACGCCUUUCACGCCUUUCACCAUUAUCUUCUGCCAUUGCAUUGAAACGAGAGACAAAGAGGACCUCAACCAGAUGCACAGUUUCCUCAAAUCGAUCGAAUCCGCCUGUCAGUAUUCCAGUACUAUCACCAAGCAUCAUCAUUUAUUUUCAAUAUUCUAUAACGUCGCAUUGCGCUACUACAACUUGGGAUCACCAUCUUCUGCGAUGGAGGAAGAGCAAAUCCAACUUAGGAGUGAUGUCGACGCACAGUUAACUGCUCUUGGGGUGCAGACAAAUAUGCCACCCAGCUCUGGCCCGCCUUCACAAGAAGGAAACUUUGAACAAAGUUCCUCUACUACAAUGGAGCAGAAUGGAGAAGGCAGCUGGGAACAGGACCCUUGGCUUGAAAAGUGGUUUUCCUUUAACCAGCAGAUGAUGGGAUUGGUAGAUGGGAGGGAUCUUCCAUUUUAG